AUGGAGGUUUGUAAUUUGGUUUUCUGGAUGCUGUGUUUGUUGCUUCAUGUUCUGAUGAAGAUUUCUUCUGCUACUCUUUCUCCUUCUGGCAUAAACUAUGAAGUUGUGGCUUUGAUGGCUAUAAAAAAUGAUUUGAAUGAUCCUCACAAUGUUUUGGAGAGUUGGGAUAUAAAUUCUGUUGAUCCAUGUAGUUGGAGGAUGAUUACUUGUACUUCAGAUGGCUCAGUUUCUGCACUGGGAUUGCCCAGUCAGAACGUGUCUGGUACACUAUCUCCAAGAAUCGGAAACCUUACUAACUUGCAAUCUGUGUUACUUCAGAAUAAUGUUAUUUCUGGUCAUAUUCCUACGGCGAUAGGAAGCCUGGAAAAGCUUCAGACGCUUGAUCUAUCCAACAAUGAAUUUAGUGGCGAGAUGCCGAGUUCUUUGGGAGGUCUCAAGAACUUGAAUUAUUUGCGGUUAAAUAAUAACAGUCUUACAGGAGCCUGCCCUCCGUCUCUUAGCAACAUUGAAAGCCUUACCCUUGUGGACUUGUCCUACAACAAUUUGAGUGGUUCGUUACCGAGGAUAUCAGCAAGAACAUUAAAGAUAGUAGGUAACCCGUUAAUUUGUCCAAAAGAAAACAAUUGUACUACGGUUUUGCCCGAGCCACUUUCGUUCCCACCAGACGCUUUAGAAGCCAAACCAGAUAAUGGUAAAAAAGGUCAUCAUGUAGCACUUGCUUUCGGUGCAAGUUUUGGUGCUGCUUUUGUUAUUGUUACUAUAGUCGGGCUUCUUGUUUGGUGGCGGUAUAGACAUAACCAACAGAUAUUCUUUGAUAUUAACGAGCAUUAUGAUCCAGAAGUGCGCCUCGGUCAUUUAAAAAGAUAUUCGUUCAAAGAGCUUAGGACCGCAACCGACCAUUUCAACUCAAAGAACAUUCUAGGAAGGGGUGGCUUUGGAAUAGUUUACAAAGCAUGCUUGAACGACGGAUCCGUUGUGGCUGUUAAACGGCUAAAAGACUAUAAUGCAGCUGGUGGUGAGAUCCAAUUUCAAACGGAAGUUGAGACGAUAAGUUUGGCUGUUCACCGGAAUCUUCUAAGGCUUCGAGGGUUUUGCAGUACUCAGAAUGAGAGGCUUCUUGUUUAUCCAUAUAUGUCUAAUGGAAGUGUAGCCUCUAGAUUAAAAGAUCAUACUAAUGGCCGACCGGCUUUGGAUUGGACAAGGCGAAAGAGAAUAGCAUUAGGCACAGCAAGAGGGUUGGUUUAUUUGCACGAACAAUGUGACCCGAAAAUUAUCCAUCGUGAUGUUAAAGCAGCCAACAUUUUGCUAGAUGAAGACUUUGAAGCAGUUGUUGGUGAUUUCGGUUUAGCUAAGCUUCUGGAUCACAGAGAUACUCAUGUGACAACUGCCGUGCGUGGCACCAUUGGUCAUAUCGCUCCGGAGUACCUAUCCACCGGCCAAUCAUCAGAAAAGACCGACGUGUUUGGAUUUGGAAUCUUGUUGCUUGAGCUGAUCACAGGUCAUAAGGCUCUAGAUUUUGGUCGAGCAGCAAACCAGAAAGGUGUAAUGCUUGAUUGGGUUAAGAAGCUACACCUAGAAGGAAAGUUAAGUCAAAUGGUAGAUAAAGAUCUGAAAGGAAACUUUGACAUAGUUGAAUUGGGAGAGAUGGUUCAAGUAGCACUCUUGUCUACACAGUUUAAUCCGUCGCACCGUCCGAAGAUGUCAGAAGUGUUAAAGAUGUUGGAAGGGGACGGUUUAGCUGAGAGAUGGGAGGCGUCACAGAGGAUCGAAACGCCGCGGUUUCGGUUUUGCGAGAAUCCGCCUCAAAGGUAUUCAGAUUUUAUAGAAGAAUCAUCACUGAUAGUAGAAGCAAUGGAGCUUUCUGGCCCUAGGUGA